CCGCAGCCAGAUCUGCCUCUGGAUCCGUAUGUGAUUGGUCUGACGGGCGGCAGCGGGUCUGGAAAGAGCUCUAUAGCACACAGACUGGAGGCUCUCGGCGCCGUGAGGAUUGACUGCGAUCAGCUCGGUCACGAGGCCUACCUGCCGGGAACAUCCGCCUAUCAUAAGGUCGUCCAGGAGUUCGGCCCAGAUAUUCUUAACGAGGAUAAGACCAUCAACAGACGAGUACUGAGUGGAAAAGUAUUUGGUAACCAGGAGCGUCUGAGAGCUCUGACAGAUAUUGUGUGGCCUGAGAUUGCUCUGCUGGUGAAGAAAAGAAUAAAACAAGCAAAGGAACAGGGUGAAGCAUUUAUCACUUUCAUCUCAUGCUCUAUCUGA